AGCGCAAAAGGGAAGGAAAUAAGAAUACAAUACAAACACCACUGAAUUGUAUACAUAUACACUUAUAUAUACACAUAUAGAUAUAGAUAUACACACGCCCACAUUGGGGGUAACGCUUCUUUUCUUCAUCUUUUCUCAAUUUCGUUCAACCCCGCAUUUCAGAGUCUGUCUGUUAACUUUUUUCCCCAUACCAAAACCAGAGAGUGAUAAAUAAAAGAGAAAAAAAAAAAAUUCUCAGAUUAAUCCCUCGUAUCGUCGACGACGGCGGCGCCGCCACGUGUACCCGAGACGGUGUCGUUUUAGUCUCCCUCCGAUUAAAAAGAGAGAAGUAAAACGACAACAAAAAGAGAAAAAGAAAAACUCAGAUUCGGAGAAGAGAAUGAAAUGAAGGUGACCGAAGGAAACCAUGUUCUCGCCGCCGACGCCGAUGCCACGUGUAGCUAACACGGCGUCGUUUUAGUCCUCGGCGGUUUCGUGUUUCUUGUUCAUUUUCUUUUUAUUUUUAUUAUUUCUUGUUACUAGUAGUCAGAGAUGGGCUCGAGCCCGAUUGUGGGCCCAGACGGAGUGAGCGGCGGCGGGGGCGGCGGAGGAGGAGGGAGCUGCAGCCACGUCAGCAUGAAGUGUUGGUGCCAGCAACACCUCCACCACCAGCUGCAGCGGUUUCUGCUCUCCUCGGGAUUCGUGUUCUUCGUGGCCUGCCUCGCGCUGUUUGGAUCGCUCGCCAUGUUGUACGCGCGCUUCGCCUUCGCCCCCGGCAUCCGAACGACGACCGGUCUGUCGUCGUUUGGUUGCCGCGACGACAAUGAGGGCUCGUGGUCCGUCGGCGUCUUCUUCGGCGACUCUCCCUUCUCCCUCCAACCCAUUGAGGCUGAGAAUGUUUGGAGCGACGAGAGUGCGGCCUGGCCGGUGGCGAAUCCGGUCGUGACGUGUGCAUCGGUAUCGGAGGCCGGUUUCCCAAGUAAUUUUGUGGCUGAUCCUUUUCUCUACGUUCAGAGUGAUGCUUUGUACCUGUUUUAUGAAACCAAAAAUUCAAUAACUAUGCAAGGCGAUAUUGGAGUUGCAAAAAGUACUGAUGGGGGAGCAACAUGGCAACAGUUGGGCAUAGCCUUGGAUGAAGAGUGGCAUCUUUCUUACCCGUAUGUUUUUGAGGACCUCGGCCAAAUAUAUAUGAUGCCCGAAGGUAGUGUGAAAGGGGAACUUCGUUUGUACCAAGCGGUUAAAUUUCCUCUGCAGUGGAGACUGAAGAAAGUAAUCAUGAAGAAACCUCUUGUUGAUUCAUUUAUCAUCAAAUACAAUGAUAUGUAUUGGCUCUUUGGUUCUGAUCACAGCGGUUUCGGAACCCAAAAGAAUGGACAAUUAGAAAUCUGGUAUAGCAGCUCAAUUCUUGGUCCUUGGAAACCACACAGAAAGAAUCCUAUAUAUAACACAGAUAAGAGCUUCGGGGCUCGUAAUGGUGGUAGACCAUUUUUUUAUGACGGACACCUUUACCGCAUUGGCCAAGAUUGUGGUGAAACAUAUGGAAGACAAGUACGCGUCUUCAGGGUGGAAGUUCUUACCAAAUAUGAAUACAAAGAAGUCGAAGUGCCCUUAGGCCUAGCAGAGCCAACUAAGGGUCGGAAUGCUUGGAAUGGCGCUCGCUACCAUCAACUGGAUGUUCAGAAGUUAAGUAAUGGUAAAUGGAUUGCAGUAAUGGAUGGAGACCGAGUCCCUUCUGGCGAUUCAGUCCGUCGGUUUAUUCUUGGCUGUACUUCAGUUGCAGUUGCUCUCCUACUUGUUGCAUUAUUGGGUUUGUUGCUUGGAACUGUGAAGUGCAUCAUUCCCCUUAACUGGUGCACUCACAGUUCAGGGAAGAGAAGUGAUGCAUUCUUGUCCUGGGAAAGGUCAUACUUGUUCUCUUCCAAAGUGAGACGGUUUUGUAGCCGCUUGAACAGAUCAGGUUCAUACCUUAGAGGUAGGAUUAGGCCUAAUAGUUGUGCUGGAAGAUUAGUUCUUGCCAUUAUUUUCAUAGUCGGAGUUGUGGCAAUGUGCACCGGGGUUAAGUUUAUCUAUGGUGGGAGUGGUGCAGAAGAAGCUUAUCCAUGGAAAGGUCAUUACGCGCAGUUCACCUUGUUAACAAUGACCUAUGAAGCUCGGCUUUGGAAUUUAAAAUUGUAUGUGAAGCACUACUCUAGAUGUUCUUCAGUCAGAGAAAUUGUUGUUGUAUGGAACAAGGGAACACCUCCUAGAGUGAGUGAUUUUGACUCAACGGUGCCAAUUAGGAUCAGAAUCGAGGAAGAGAACUCACUGAAUAAUCGGUUCAAGGAGGAUUCAUUGAUUAAGACGCGAGCUGUUCUUGAGCUUGACGACGACAUUAUGAUGACUUGUGAUGACCUUGAGCGUGGCUUUAAACUUUGGCGCCAACAUCCAGAUCGCAUAGUGGGGUUCUAUCCCCGGCUCAGCCAUGGAAGCCAAUUAAAGUAUCGGGGUGAACAGUUUGCCAGAAGACAUAAAGGUUACAACAUGAUCCUCACGGGGGCAGCUUUCAUUGAUAGUAAAACGGCUUUUCAGAGGUAUUGGAGUGAAGAAGCUAGGCAAGGUAGGGAAGUGGUUGACAAAUACUUUAACUGUGAAGAUGUGCUUAUGAAUUUUUUGUAUGCAAAUGCUAGUUCAAGUAGGAGAGUAGAUUAUGUAAGACCAACAUGGACUAUAGACACAUCCAAAUUGUCCGGUGCGGCGAUCAGCCGGAAUACGCAGGUGCACUUUCAGAAAAGAACCGACUGCCUGAUGAAGUUCUCCGAGAUGUACGGAAGUUUGGCUGCGCAUAAGUGGAAAUUCAAUGACAGGAAGGAUGGUUGGGAUGUAUAGUGAUGAAAUCUCUUCUUGACUCUUGUUUAUCCAUCUCCUAUACUUUUUGGUAAAGUUCUAGCCGUCUAGGUAAUUUUCUUGUCUAUAUUUUUUUUUCCCCUUGUGAACAUGAGGUGGGGA